GUUUUAUCUAGGUACAAACUAAAUUUAGAGGCCGUUCCCUUAAACCCUUUUCCCAAACAGACCCACACUUCUUCACUACUAGACACUUUGGUCUACAUCGCCACCAACAAAUGGAACAAGACCUCCUCCCCAAUUCAAUCUCCGGCCACCAAAACGACGAUGAUGACGCACCGACUUUAAGCCUUCAAGCCUUAGAAGCUCUCAAGGAGUUCCUCACCGAGCAAAGCCAGUCCUCAAACGACACCGCCGCCGAAGCAGACUCGGCGCCGGCUUUGAUCUCGGAGGACUGGCGGAUGAGCCAGUUCUGGUACGACCACCACACGGCCCAAACCCUAGCCGAAGAGGUCCUCACUCUCUGCAAAUCGGACUCCACUCGAGUCGCCUGCGUCGCUUGUCCCUCGCUCUACGCCUAUCUCAAGAGUAUUGAUUCUCAUGUGUCUGUACAACUGCUGGAGUAUGAUAGAAGGUUUGAGCAAUACGGGAGUGAUUUCACGUUUUAUGAUUACAACCAACCAGAAGACUUGCCUUUGGAGCUAAAGCAUGGCUUUGAUGUUGUAGUUGCUGAUCCUCCUUAUCUGAGUCAAGAGUGCUUGGAGAAAGUCGCUAAAACUGUUUCGUUUCUUGCACGAUCAGAAAAACCUUACUUGCUCCUCCUCACAGGAGAGGUGCAGAAAGAGAGAGCAGCUGAGCUCAUGGGAUUGCUUCCAUGUGGUUUUAGGCCUCGGCACUCCAGCAAACUAGGAAAUGAGUUUCGGCUGUUCACAAGUUAUGAUCCUGGGACUAGAUUAGGAGGGUGGGACAAUUAGGAACUCUAUUCUCAUGUGCCUGACACUGCUAAGUGAGAUUCAUUGGGGACACUUCUCUCGUGUGCGCUAAAAUAUGUGAUGGAACCCUUAAAUGUUCUGUAUCAUGUCACUAUCUAUACAUGUAGUCUUUGCAUACUGUAUGCUAUCUUACCUGUGUACACAUUAGCACAGGUUAUGGAGAUAGUGAAUAGACAAACUUCAUUAGGACCAAAUAUUUAGCUGCAAA